AGUUGAUCCACAUAAUAUGCCUCAGUCGAUGUGAUUUGUGAACUGUCUAAGGUAGUGAGAUGGCGACUGACAAAUCUAUCCACCAUCUCCGGUUUGAUGCUGCUGUGAAAGUCAUCGAAAAUUUACCGGCUGACGGCUCAUAUCAACCCUCACAAGAUAUGAUGCGAAUGUUUUAUAGUUAUUAUAAGCAGGCUACACAUGGUCCUUGUGAUGUCCCAAAACCUAAUUCCUGGAAUACAGAGGAGAAAGCACAAUGGGAAGCAUGGAAAGCUUUAGGUAGCAUGACAAAAGAGGAAGCCAUGCUGGAGUAUGUUCAAGAAAUUAAAUUGAUUUUGGAGAUAUUUCCCAUCAAUGAAGAGGUGUCAGAACUACUUGAUGUUCUUGACAACUUCUAUGAGUUUGUUGACAAUGAUGGUGAGCUAAUGCGAUCAGUGGAGUUCAUCAGAGCACCUCAUUCAGGAACAGAUCAGAAUUUAGCCAGUGGAUAUAUUGAGUUCAAUGACACUGAAUGUGGAGUGGAAGGAGGUGAUGAAGGCGAUGAUGAGGAUGAGGAGGAUGAGGAGGAACACAGCGGAGAUGGACAUGACUCUGAGGAUGAGAUGGAAGUGGUUCUGGAGAAAGAAGACUACCAGUGUGUUGACCUUAGUGGACCAAUGGUGGAUGUUACUUGGUGGAGAGGUGGGUCUCCUGUUGACAACGCCGUUGUGGAGAAGAACAGCCCCUCACUGAGCAACGGCACUCCCAGCUCCCUCAACACUCGGGAGGAGGAUGAAGAGCUGGCCUGUUCCCUGGAGCCCCCAGCUGAGAAACUCCUCUGCUGCGUUGAUGCACCCGUAUCUGAUGACAAAGGGGUGGCCUCUGGACAAAGUCACCACACUCAGGCCACAGAUAACGAGGUGAACUGCGACUCCUCAGAACAUCCCGCUCCAGAGGAAGGUGCUACAGUUCCCAGGAUCUCGCUGGCAACGCCUGAAGGAGGUCGGGCCAGAAGGCAGAAUCCACAGGGAGGGAACAAGGCCGGUCAGUGUGGGAAUCAGGAACCAAACCCACAACACAGUCCCCCCUACAUUCAUGCACAUGGAACAGUCCAGCCAGACCAAGGCUCAGUCCAGAUGGAAGGCGGUAGCUCACUUGGAACAGAACCAUGUUCUCACAGCGAGACAGAUUGCCAGGACAGUGAGAGGAGCAAGCCGACUGCCAUGGAAGAUAUAAACAAGGAUGUUGUCAUAGCGCUCACACGUCUCCAGGCAGACAUGCAGGAUGUGCUGCGGAGGCUGAACACCCUUGAGGCCCUGAGUGACACACAGACAAAGUCCUUAGAACUCAGAGAGGAGCAGCUUACGAAUGAAACAAAAAAGAGGAUUUCAUGGUGGCCCUUCAGCUUGUCUCCAGCCACUAUGUCUCUUGCUAUUGCUUGGCCCCUCUUGGUGCAUUGGAUCAUUGACUUUUACUAUCAGCGCAGGAGAAAGCAGCUGCACUGAUGAUUACAUGUCAUAUCGUCAGAUGAUAAUCCUGUCCAUUCCUGACUACUAAAAGAAGUUGCAAGCCAGCAAAACAUGGUGCCGGGUGGUCAUCGGUACUGUGUAUGAGAAUAAAACAGCUCAUGUAGAGGUGACACCACAAUAUAUGGUAGUGUAAUGAUAGCCAGCCAGUAUGCAAACUGUGCAGUGAGUAGACCUCCCUCAUGACAUGUUGAGAGACGUUCUAGCGACAGAUGCUAGCACCCAUGACUUUUAGUCUCUUGCUGACACACCUGGCUGCCUCCCAAUCCGAGACACUGCAACUUCAUGGAUUCAAUUGCAAGCCAGUGCAGGGCUGAACCACACAUUCGCCACAUAAUACAGGUUACACCAGAAUGCUACACAAGACCAGAGGGGUGUAGUAAGAAAUGAGAUAAGUGGAAUGUUGAGUUUAAUGGCAAUGGUGCGUGCAAAUUCAGCAAACAAAAGUUUGUGACAAUUCCCUUGCCGCUUGCUAUUUUAUUCACUGUUUAAAGUGAACAACUGACCAUUUUUACACAGAAACAUCAAACACCACAUUUGAACACAUUUCAGGCUUAAGGCUCAACAUAUAAUACCACUAAUCUUCCUUUGUAUUACCCCUGCCCCAGGUCCAUCGGUGAUGAUUGAUUGUAUUCUUAUAGGGCAUGAUGGCUUCUUUAUAGACAGUUAAUUAACAUAGAACAAUUUACCUAUGUAAUGUUUUAACAUGUUUAUCCCUCAUGUUCAUUAUAAUUCAUUGUGUAUUUAGGGUCAAUAACUAGAUAUACAGUUUAUAACCGGAUUUGUUUGUGUCUUUGUAUAUCAUUAGUAAGUGUAUUUAUUUAUUUUAUUUAUUUAUAAGGUGCUUUCAAAGGAUGUAGUGCUGCCUUGUCUGUAUUGUUGUUCGCGGUCCUCUAUCGGCUAUAAAACCACUAUGUAAGUUUACCAGAUCGGGUAGCGAUUCUGUAGUACGAGGGAAUGAGACAUAAGGAACUAAACAUCUGACUUGCUUCAAUGUCGCAAUACAUAAUAUUUUCAUAAAAUCAUGCAUGCAACAUACUCUACCUUGUCUGUGGACAUCGUUAUUUGCUGGAUAAACAAAUAGCAUUCGUGCCCCAGAGGAAAAUGCUUCAGUGUUACUUUAAAACAGAAUGUGAUUACAGUAGCCUAUGCAAGUCUCAUAAACCCAUAUUUAGCAGCAAGAAAGACAUAGGCCUAGACAAUAUGUCAAUAUGUCAUAUGUCAAUAAUGAACAUUUUUAAUUUUGACUUUUUAUGGAAAAUAUAUGUUAAUUUUGAAUUUGAUGCCAGCAACAUGUUUUUUUGUUUUUUUGUUUUUUUUAAUGGUACUGGUAUGGUUACCACUGUGCUGCUUCACCUCUUCAUUUAACAAAAUUCUAGUUUUGAGAAUGAAAUGUUGUCCCAUUCCUGCCCGAUAGGAUUUCAGUUGCUCAACCAUAUAGGGUAUUCUAAAUUUUCAUUCCAUGAUGCACCCAAUUUGACAGGUCUGGACUGAAGACUUCUAUGGAGAAAUACUGUUUAGAUGCAAAAUUCAUUUUGGCAUUAUUGGACACUCCUAUCACAUAGAAGUCUGGAGAAGCAGUGGUUUUUAAAAUGUAUUUUAAAGCUACUUUUUUUCACUUUGUGUAAAAAUGAUACUUAACUGUUAGAGAAUGUGCUCAUUGGUUAAAUGGAUUUUGUCUUUCUGAUGGCUUAAUUUUUUGUUUUUAAAUGUAAUGCCUCAGC